CACUCCAAAAACUGAGCAACCUGAGACCAAAGUCCAAGUCAAGCCGUACGCCAUGGCAUUUCCCAUCGCCAACAUCUCAGCCGUCGUCACGGGCGCGGUGCAAUCCGCCAUGGCAUUUCCCAUCGCCAACAUCUCAGCCGCUGUCACGGGCGCGGUGCAAGCCGCCAUGGCCUUCGCCGUGGAGAUGCUCCCCACGGACGUGACGAGGGACGCCGCGCGUGAAACCGUGAGGGCGUCGGUGGCGUGGUUCUUGAGCCACCUGUGGGCGUGGCUCGUCGCAGCGAGAGCCGGGGCCGUCGACAAUUUCCCGGUCGCCGCGAAGGCAGCCAGGAGAGCGGCGGGUUCCGCCGUUGAGGCCUCGGAGCCAUGGGUGGAGAUGGCGUCAAAGCUCCUGCUUCACCUCUACGGGCGGCUGGUCACGGCAUCGGGCGGGAACGGCGCCGACGCGACGGCCACGGGAGGAAGAGCGGAGCAGCACGUGGUGCUGCUCGCUCUCAUCCUCGUCGUUUUCGUCUGCGGCGCCGUCUGUGCUCUCAGCUGCCGCACCAUGAAGGGCCCCGGUCUCGGCGGCGCGCGCGUCCCCCGCGCGAUGUUCGAGGCCAGCCCGAGGCGCUACUAUUCUACUGUUCGUGCAGGGCGUAGGGCGCGGCUCGACGCGUCCGGCACCGGAUGGACGUUGCUCGUGGCGGCGGCCGUUGCUUAUGGGGCCUACUACCUAGCAGGCAAGACGCUCUACUGA